AUGUGGUUGUUCACCGAUACCGACAGUGUUAUCCCUCACGUAUUUCCAAUAUGUAUUUUGCUGGAUGAUUUGGCGAACGAAAGAUACGUGGUUGAGGGAAAGGAUAUUGAUUUGACUAUGGUCAGCUAUUUGAGCGAUGUUGUGAGCACGGAGUGUGCGUCUCUAAUCCAGCAGAUGGCGAUUGCGUUUGAUGAAUGCAUCAUGGACGUGUGCACUAACGACGUGUCGCAAUCACAUUUGAGUGAAGUUAUAGUAAGAAACUUUUUGGAUCAAAGUUUCGUUGGACGAGAAUCCAAUAUGAAAGAAUAUCGAGUUAUGAGUGCCCAUGGGGUGAUUAAUAUCACACGAAAUUCGGACAUUAAUCUUAAUCAGAUGUCGUUCAGGCUUUACAAUCGACUAGAAACCAAAAGUGAAACUUUCUGGUUGAUAGUGCUCAAAUGCAUAGGAUUGUCAUCUCAAAGUGUUGCCAGAAAGUUGAUUCAAGGAUUGUUAUUGACACUCUUUCAGGCGACACCGUCGGAUGAUCAAGUAAUGGCGGAAAGAAUGAUUAAUGUACGCGAGCUGAUUUCGACUCUUGAUUUUUAUUGGAAGGACGUGUUCAGGCUUUCCGUCGAAAGUCUUAUAGAAAUGACACUGGUGCAUGAAGAGACAGAACUUGCGACAUACACGAUCUGCACUCAAUACAUGAACAUUUACAAAGCUCUGGUCUAUUUUAUUGUCACCGACUUGGAGACUUCGAGCAUAAAACUAUCAGAUCUAACUGAGACAUUCCCUUAUUUACCCGAUCUGAUACUACGGAAAUUAAUGCUAAAUUCAGAAAAGGUUCGAAAUUGGCCUUUCGCUCUGAGAUCUUCCGAAAAACUUUCGACAAAUUUAGAGUUGCUAUCUAGACGUCAGUCAAAAAAAGGCAAAAAACUUAGGAAGGAAAUUUUCUGA